AUGCCUUUGAAGUUCCUCUAGUAAAUUUAUUAGAUUCAGUUGAUUUCCAAAGUAAAGGUGAUGUCGCAUGGAAGAAAUUAUCUUUUAAUCUUGAUUCAAAUGUUAAAAUUUACAGUAAUAGGAGGAUUUUAAAGGACUGAAAGAAAUGAUAAAGAAGAAAAAAAUGAAGAAAAAGACUAACAAGGAGAUAUUAUUUAAAAUAAAAAAAUUAUUUCUAAAAUAGGUUAGGGAGAAAAGACUUUAGAAAAAAAUAUAUAAAAUAUUAAUGUUAAUAAAUAUGAUUUAGAAUUCGAUGUUGAUCCUCUUUUUUCAAAAACUUCAUCUAAAUUUGAUAAUUAAACAAUAAGAGAUUGA